GCGUUGCCCCCACCCUCAAUCCGUGGCUGAGCCUAUGACACCAAUUUUACAACAUGUCAAAAAACACAUGUAUCAUUCAGACAUCAAUAGGUAGAAAACAAAAUUAAAAUAGUAAAUGGCAGAAACAAUGUUGCACUGGACAGUUCCUCCAUUAAUGAACAACCCAAAAGUUGUUCAUUACAUUAAACAAGUGGUCCUUAUAGAGACAAUGUUAUGGAAGAAAUGGUACAUUGGCAAUUGUAUCUGAAAUGGCCAAUUCUGAGUGGUCUCAAAUCUUUGCCAUAACAUUGGCAACCAUUUUCCUAUGCAACAACAAUUUCACAUUUGCAACAGACCCAUUUGUCCAACAAGAACAUGACAGGAUUGAUAGACCACUCCCAGGUCAAAACUUCAACAUCAGCUUUGAACACUAUUCUGGUUAUAUAACAGUGAAUGAGGAUGCUGGUAGGAACUUGUUUUACUGGUUCAUUCAAGCUGAUCAUGUAGAUCCUACUUCAAAGCCACUUCUUUUGUGGCUCAAUGGUGGUCCUGGUUGUUCUUCUAUUGCUUAUGGUGAAGCUGAGGAAAUUGGUCCUUUUCAUAUUAAUUCAGAUGGCAAAAACCUUCAUUUUAAUCCUUAUUAUUGGAAUCAAGUUGCCAAUUUUCUUUAUAUCGAAUCUCCUGUUGGAGUUGGAUUUUCAUAUUCAAAGAAUUCAUCUGACAUUCUCAACAAUGGCGAUAAGAGGACAGCUGAGGAUAAUCUCAUAUUUCUUUUAAAGUGGUUUGAGCGUUUUCCCCAGUACAAAAAAACAGACUUUUUCAUCAGUGGUGAGAGCUAUGCAGGACAUUAUAUUCCUCAACUUAGCCAAGUUAUUGUCAAGUACAACUCGGCUACAAAACAAGAUUCUAUAAAUUUCAAAGGUUUCCUGGUAGGAAAUGCUGUAACAGAUGAUUUCCAUGAUCAAUUGGGGAUUUUCGAGUUUUUGUGGACAAAUGGUAUGAUUUCGGAUCAAACAUUCAAGCUCUUGAACUUGCUAUGUGAUUUUCAGUCAUUCGAACACCCGUCAAAGUCAUGUGAAAGGAUCUUGGAAAUUGCUGAUAAGGAAAUGGGUAAUAUAGACCCAUUCAGUAUCUUUACCCCUCCUUGCCAUGAGAAUGAUAAUCAGCCGGAUAGAAGAAAGCAUAGUUUUGGAAGACUCAGAGGUGUGUAUGAUCCUUGUACAGAGAAUCACAGUAAUAUAUACUUCAAUCGACCAGAGGUCCAAAGGGCUCUACAUGUUAAUCCAGAUCAUAAGCCUGAUAAAUGGCAGACCUGCAGUGAUGUGGUAGGUACUAACUGGAAGGAUUCACCUAGGUCAGUGCUCAAUAUAUAUCGUGAACUUAUUCCUACCGGGCUGCGAAUAUGGAUAUUCAGUGGUAAUACUGAUGCUAUAAUCCCAGUAACAUCUACUCGCUAUUCCAUAAAUGCUCUUAAGCUUCCAACUGUGAGCCCAUGGCGUGCAUGGUAUGACGAUGGGGAGGUAGGAGGAUGGACCCAAGAAUACGCCGGACUCACAUUUGUUAACGUAAGGGGUGCAGGGCACGAAGUUCCUCUGCAUAGACCAAAACUUGCUCUAACAUUGAUCAAAGCCUUCUUAGAAGGAACCUCCAUGCCAACUCUUGAACCACGCACACUCACCGCCACAAUUUGAUAUGAUACAUUCAAGUUUAUGGUUGUUACCUUCCCGUUUGUAUUUGUCUUUAUUAGAAAACAAGUGGUGAAUGCAAUACGUUGUUCCUCAACCAAGGACUGGUUUAAAUAAAGAGGAUACAAAUACAGUUAAUUCUCUUCCUUGAAUAAAGAGAGUUGUACUCGAGUUUAUUUAACGAUUGAGCCAAGUUGUUUGAUUA